AUGUCUCCGCGUAGCACGGUGGGCUGGCCCGAAUGGGAAGAAGAAAACCUUCUCCCCUGGUUGGAUGAGAAUCGGACCUUGUCGUGGAAAGCCCUGCAGGACGCAUAUUAUGAACAGUACGGGGUGAAGCGAAGCCCUGAUUCUCUCCGAGGGAAGAUGUACUAUAUUCUGCGAAAGCAAAGCCCUAGGGUUGCCCGACCUUCUGAAGAUCCAGGCCGCCGAAAACGAUCAGGGGCCAUUCGCCCGCGGGUGGGAAAUAGGCGCUCACGGCCAAAGCUUCCGAAAAAAAGUGUGGCCCGAAGCAACAUCGACCGGUGGUUUGAGACAAUUCUUAUGACCGAACCUAGCCCUACCGACAGCGGCGACUCAACAAAAACAAAAGGAUCAAGAUCAGAAUGCACAACGUCGGUGCCCACCUACUUAGCGCCUAAAGAAAACCAGUCGUCGGCUUGGAUGUAG